ACAUUCUGACUGUCCCAUCACUACUAUUGCCGCUCUGCGUUUCUGCAGGAAACAUUCAACUUAAGGACACGACACUCCUCCCAUGGAGCACGUUACUUGUUCGACUUAAUGUCUCCGUAACAGUAACAACCAUCAAACCCAGCUCAUCUACGUUCCUCCUGACUUGUAGCUGAAAACCCAACAAACAAGAGAGAAAGAGCUAAAGACUAGACAAGUCCAAAAGAGAUGUGGAGGCGCGUGGUUUCGCUUUCUUCUUUCAUCUCAUCCUCCAGAACAUCCUUCGUUGCACAGACGGCGUCCAGACUGAACACUUGUGAAUCGUUAACGACAGGGAUCGCCCAACAGGCAAAAGGUGUUAUAGCCCCCAAAGAGAAAACUCCAUUCAUAACUUUUGUCCUAGGUGGUCCUGGUAGUGGAAAAGGUACUCAGUGUAUAAAGAUUGUUGAAACCUUUGGGUUCACACAUUUGAGUGCAGGAGAUUUGUUAAGAAGGGAAAUAGCUUCUAACAGUGCAGAUGGUGCCAUGAUUCUUAACACAAUUAAAGAAGGAAAAAUUGUCCCAUCACAGGUGACAGUCAAACUGAUACAAAAGGACAUGGAAUCAAGUGACAAUGACAAAUUUCUCAUUGAUGGCUUCCCGCGUACUGAGGAGAAUCGAGUAUCGUUUGACCAAAUUAUUAGUGUAGAGCCAAAUGUUGUACUUUUCUUUGAUUGCCCAGAAGAAGAAAUGGUGAAACGUGUGCUGAAUCGUAAUCAGGGCCGGGUUGAUGACAACUUAGAAACAAUAAAAAAACGCCUACAAGUUUUUGAGGCAUUAAGUCUUCCAGUUAUUAACUACUACUCUCAGAGAGGAAAGCUCUAUACGAUCAAGGCAAUUGGAACAGAAGAUGAAAUAUUUGAACAAGUUCGUCCAAUCUUUACUGCCUUUGAGGUAUGUCCUGUGAGCACAAUGAUCCUUUCCAUCCAGUUAUGCUGAUUAAUUGAAACCAGAAAGCACCAUUCCUUCAU